GUCGCCGCCUCAAAGAGCCUCCGAGGAUUGGAGUCCGCUCCGUCGGGGUGCAGGUGGCACUUCAACCCUUCUCCCACCCCUCUGCUCAUGAUAUCGAGCAAUGGCAGAGGAAGACCCUGCGGUGUUCACGUCUGGCACUCUCCCCUCUGACCCCCGUCUCCUUGCAACAGUGACCAAUGCCUAUCUGGGCACCUGUGUCUACAGGGACAUCCUCCAUGUAAACGGGGUGUACAAUGGAGCGGUUGGGGACACUCAUCGUGCUGAUAUUCCGAGUCCUGUUAAUGUCAGAAUGAGUGUGGCAGCUGAGAAGAGCCUGAGUGAGAAGUUCUCCCUGGACACCAAGACAGGGACCUAUAUCCACACUAUCCAGUCCUUGGGUUAUACAGCCACUCACAAGAUCUAUGCCCACCACUCCCUUGUCCACCUUCUGGCCUUUAGCAUCACCAUCCAGAGGUCAGCUCCCAAAGCUCAGCCCAUCACCGUGAACCUCCAGGCCCAAUUCACACCACAGAGUCGAGACCUGGACUUACACAGAGGGCCAGAUUUCGAGGGAGCUCGCUAUCUCUAUGGAAAGACAUUGGUCCCUGAAGUGGAGGGUGGUCCUCAGCCUACUGUACACAUGAUUUGGACUCCAGUGCCACCCUCAGUGACCCUCCCUGGGGAGGAGAAGGAGAAGAGUUGGGAGUUCCUCACUGCCCUAGCAGAGAGCGAAAAGGAUGUGAAAAGGGACUUCAGCAAAGGGAUGUCCCUGAUUGGAUCUGGUUCCUUGUAUCUGUCUCACACUCAGGCCUGGGCUGCACUCUGGGAAGGAUGCUGUGUAGAAGCUGAUGGGCCUCUUUCACUAAGCCAGGCCAUCUACGGAUGCCUCUAUUACCUUUUAAGUGCCAUCCCUCCUCUGGGCUCUUCGGACUUCCCAUUCUCUGGAAUCAGCCCUGGAGGCCUUUCUAAUGGCACAUCUGGUGAAGAUUACUGGGGUCAUGUCUUCUGGGACCAGGAUACCUGGAUGUACCCAAACAUCUUGCUUUUCUACCCAGAAGCAGCUCGUGCUGUCCUGAAAUACCGGAUCCAAACACUAGGAGGAGCUCUGCACAAUGCACAGGAGCAAGGAUACAAGGGUGCCAAGUUCCCCUGGGAGAGUGCAGCCACCGGCCGAGAGGUCUGCCCUGAGAAAGUCUAUGGAGACGAAGAGAUUCACAUCAAUGGAGAUGUUAUGCUGGCGUUUGAGCAGUAUUACUACAUCACACAGGACUUGAAGCUCUUUCAGCAGGAAGGUGGCUGGGAUGUGGUCCAUGCCAUUGCGCAGUACUGGUGCAGCCGGGUGGUGUGGAACUCAGAAGAGCAGAACUACCACAUCAAUGGUGUCCUGCCCCCAGAUGAAUAUCAUUGUGCUAUAGAUAACUCUGUUUAUACCAAUGCCAUUGCUCAGCGGAGCUUGGAUUUUGCAAUUGACCUGGGCUCCCAGUUGCACAUCCCCAUCCCUGCUGAGUGGAAUGCCGUUGCGAAGAAAAUAAAAGUGCCUUUUGAUAAAAGCAGGAGCUACCACCCGGAAUAUGAUGGGUACUGCCCAGGUGAGCAGGUGAAACAGGCUGAUGUUGUUUUGCUUGGAUUCCCCAUCAUGUAUCCCAUGGACCCAGAAGUCAGAAGGAAUGACCUAGAGAUGUAUGAGCCUGUGACUGACCCUCAGGGGCCAGCCAUGACCUGGAGCAUGUUUGCAAUUGGCUGGCUGGAGCUGAAGGAGAUGGAGAGAGCACAACAGCAGCUGAGCAAGUGUUUCAGCAACAUCACUGAGCCAUUCAAGAUCUGGGCAGAGAACUCGGAUGGUUCAGGAGCGGUGAACUUCCUGACGGGGAUGGGUGGUUUUCUGCAAGCCAUCCUCUUUGGAUACACGGGGUUCAGGAUCACCAAGAAGCGCUUGAACUUUGACCCUGUUUGUCCUGAUGAUGUAAAGGAGCUGAAGAUCACGGGGGUGUGUUACUUAGGAAGCAAGCUGGAUUUCACCCUCACCAAAGAAAACGUCACCAUCAAAGUGACAAAAUCCUCCCCUGACCCACAGUCGUCUAGGCUGGAGGCUGUGCUGGCAGGAACCGGCAAGCGCCUUCCCUUAAAUGAAGGACAGGGUGUCUCCUUCCCUAUGGCUGAUGGUUGGAUCCAGAAAGCACCUGCUGGAACAUUGUAAACCCAUUUUUGUUUUUAAUUUCAUGGCAAGUAUGAAAACUACAUCUUCUUGAUUGGAAGGUAAUGGCAGAUGGCCAGUGUCUGAGAGCACCCUUCUCUGUAAAUGUUCAACACGAUGGAGGAGUCUGAACCUUCGCUGCAUUAUUCAUAAAAGCAACCUGCUCAAAUGGGACUUGGUUUCAAGUUCUCCACCAACACUUCGUCAGAGAUGUAGCUUCCUUCCUGACCACUGGGUAGAUUUUGAAAGGUUCAGGCUUUGUGUGGGAAGGUAGUCCUUAAAGUAGUUUUAAGAACUCUCCUGAUAAUUUACUUAUUGUACCCCAUGAUUUGCUUAUUAAAAUACAGCUGUUACUUCCUUAUAAGCCACAGCAUUUUGUCAGGCCAAAAACU